AUGCACCUGACGCUGCAGGAUCCCGAAGAUUGCCUUGUUGUGAUUGGAAACAAGGGACGAAUCCCGACUGACAUCGACGUCUGGCCCGCCCCAAUCGCCGACCAUGCGUUGUCACCUCUCGCUGGCAAUCUAUUGAUCGGAUUUUCGGACUUUUCUUGUCCCUUUCUCGCAGUUUACGAUUGGCGCCGGCUGCCUCACGUGUUUGAUGCCCGCAUUGCUGUUUGGUGUCGUGCAUCGUCGUGGGAAGCCGGGGGUGUAGAGGGCCCUUGA